UCAAGAAGGUCGUGUUUGCGCUUCGCUUCGCCUCGCCUCGCUCAACUUCGGCUUAAGUUCGGUGCGCGUUCGCAUAUUUACAGCAUAACAUAUAUAUUCGUGAUCGCGAUCGCUGUAAGUGCCAACUGUUACUAAACUGCCACUGUGCUCUUAAAACAAACAAACAAAAUUGGAUUAAUUCUCAGCGUAUUUGCGCUAAACUGCAGAGGCAAUUAAGGAAGUAAUUCGUGGCCGGAGCUUUAAUCGUGAACGUUGUCGCGAUGCGGUGCAGCAUGCAACCACACGAAACCGCUUGAAACGUCGCUGUUAAAGCGUCAACAGCAAUUGCCAUAAUUGCCAUUGGAGCAGCACAGUCCAAUAACCGCUGGACCCGCACAUACACACACACACCACACACCUUGUACACCACACACCUCAUACCUAUACCCAAGCACACCCCAUCCCAUCCCGGCACCCGGACCAAUUCGGCAUCGAAAUCAUCGAAACUGGCAUCCAAAACCCGCCACACGAGCUGAGCUAUCGGCGGCAGGCACACAGAUUGCCGCAAAUCCAGCUGAAUUGUAACAGAGCCGCCGCAACGCGCCGGAAAAUCGAAAAAUCGGAAAAUCCGAAGUGCCGCGACCGAGACCAAGACCAGACCAAAAAAACCAGUGAGGAGAGAGAUCAAUGAACGCGGCACGCAGCUGACAGGCAUUCGGUUGGAUAUCCACUUUUCAGCAGCCAGCAGAGCGUAAGAAAAGCGAAACGGACCAACUUCGCAUUGCUUUUGGGGCGGAGAUUCAGCGAUCAGUAUUCAGCGUUCACCGAUCAGCGUUCAAGUUCAGGCCGGCGCCAAGCAGGAAGUGGUGCGGCUGCACCUUAAUUGGAGGCAGAGCCAGUGUCAUUACCACCAGACAACCACCAUUCACCGCCGCUCAUCCUGCUCGAUGUAAGAUGUUAGUAUUAGCCAGCAACAGCCGCAGUACUAGCCUCAGCCGGAGCAGCACACGCAAUAGUUGGAGAUGGAGCCGAUUGGCGUUGGCGAUUAAUCUGUUCGCCUACUGCUGUUGUGUUGUCUCCCCUGCGGUGGCCACGCCCACCACGGCGGUCACCACGGCCGCCCUCCUGUCGGGCCACCAACUCCUGCCUUGGCAGACAUCUGCAGCGGCGGCCACCACGCCCUCCACCGCCCGCAAUCUGUAUGCCCCCUACCAGAGUUUCAGUCGGCAGGACGACAUCAGCUUCAAGGAUGUGCGCCAGCGCAGCGAUGGAACGGUGGUGCAGUCCUUCGGUUCCUAUCGCACCGCCCGCCAAAUGGGUGGCUUUGCCAGUGCCCAGCGGCGUUCCGAUGCCGCCGUGGAGAUCGUUCCGGCGCCAUCGGUGGAGCUGCCCCAGAGCGAACUGAUCACGGUGCCCAGGCAGCUGGUGCCCACCAUGCCGGAGAAUGUGACGCGACAGGGAAGGCGGCGCAACUACAUGUACAUACCGCUGCAGACGGAGGGGGAAAAUGGAGGUGCGGGAUCGCUACUCCAACUGCGUCCCAGUCGGAAUGCCACCCUGUCCGCUUUGGGACCACCUGCCGAUGGAGUGGCCGCCGUGGCCCACGAAUUCGGAGCGGAACUGGCCACCCAGGGAAGUCCGGAAGAGCAGCCACUUGAACUGGAACUGGGUCCCGAUCGCACCGAGCGCAGUGAUCUCUUGGCCGCCGCCAGUUCCACGGACAAACUGGAGUAUGCGGAGCCGGAGAAUACCAGUCGACGGGUGGGAUUCCAGUUUCCCAGCUACAGUUUGAAGCCAGCCAGUCCUUUUCAUCCGCAAGCCUAUCGCGAGGAUAACCCCAUCUUCGGGGAGACCAGUGCAGGGGGCUAUGAACCCCAGCCGUUCAGCGAGGAUGCAGCUGCUCCUCCUGUUCCGCCACCCACGCAAUACGAACAGCACGAGACGCGCCACACCCGCCAGCUGUACUUCGAUACGGACACGGCAUCCUCCAGCUUCGAGUUCCCCGGCCUGGUGAGCAACUCCAAGCCACAUGGACUGAAGCUGUACCGCGACGAUGUGACCAAGUUUGGGGACAUCAAUGGACCGAUCACCGCCUUGCCGCAGCAGAGACCGCAGCGCGGCUUCUACUUCGGCGACACCGAGUUCCGAACGGGACCACCUCCCGCUCCAGUCCGCCAGUUUGGACCGCAGAAGAACUUCCAGGAGUAUGUGGGUCCCAGCGAGUACCAGGGAUCGCGCAAGAGUCGCUACUACCCGUACAAGUCGUCUCGCAGUCCCCGCGUGGUCUUCCCCACCAACGACAAUGUGGGCACCACCGGACCCAGUGGACCCGCCGGCAGCAGCGGACCCUCCGGAAACGGGGUUUACUUCAGCGAUAACAUCGCUUUCAGGGACCAGAACUUCGGCAUCAACGAGCUGGCCGCCGUGCAGGAUGUGCGGAACGACUACAGUCUGCAGGAGCUGGACAGUGCCUCGGAGGCGACCAGCAGUCCCCAGUCGGCGAGUACGUUCAAGGAGAAAGUCGACAUCACUACGGACACGGAGUGCCAGCACCGGGGCGGUACGUGCGAGUUCUUUUUGGGCUGCUGGCUCUCCGGCGGCCUCAUUCAGGGCACCUGCGACGGACUGCUGAGGGGCUGUUGCCACCGCACGGCCAAGUCGGCCAAUCUGGGCAGCUCGGACUUCGUCGGCAAUGCCGUAGAUCUGACCGAUCUGCCGCAAAAGAACUACGGACCGGUCAACAACGAACCCAGCUGCGGCAUUUCGCUGGCCAAACAAACCGCCCAGCGGCGCAUUGUGGGCGGCGAUGAUGCGGGCUUUGGUUCCUUCCCGUGGCAGGCCUACAUCCGCAUCGGAUCCUCCAGAUGUGGAGGUUCGUUGAUCUCGCGGCGCCACGUGGUCACCGCCGGUCACUGUGUGGCACGGGCCACUCCGCGCCAGGUGCACGUCACCCUGGGCGACUACGUGAUCAACUCCGCCGUGGAGCCCCUGCCCGCCUACACCUUCGGCGUCCGGCGGAUCGAUGUGCAUCCGUACUUCAAGUUCACGCCCCAGGCGGACCGCUUCGACAUCUCCGUGCUGACGCUGGAGCGCACCGUGCACUUCAUGCCACACAUAGCUCCCAUCUGCCUGCCAGAGAAGAACGAGGAUUUCUUGGGCAAGUUCGGCUGGGCCGCCGGCUGGGGAGCUCUGAAUCCGGGAUCUCGGCUGCGACCCAAGACGCUCCAGGCUGUGGAUGUGCCGGUGAUCGAGAACCGGAUCUGCGAGCGCUGGCAUCGGCAGAACGGCAUCAACGUGGUCAUCUACCAGGAGAUGCUGUGCGCGGGAUACCGGAACGGGGGCAAGGACUCGUGCCAGGGCGAUUCGGGAGGACCCCUGAUGCACGACAAGAACGGACGAUGGUACUUGAUUGGUGUGGUCUCCGCUGGUUACUCCUGCGCGUCCAGGGGGCAGCCGGGAAUCUAUCACAGCGUCAGCAAGACCGUCGACUGGGUGUCCUACGUCGUCGGACUCACGAUGAACAUCUAGGGACGACGACGACGACGACUCUAACUUAUUCUCAUCGCAUUCGCAUUAGCAUUCGCACCUGCCUGCUAAGUGGGCCACAGAUUGUUUUGUACAUAACUCACUUCAUUCUGCUCCCAAAUCCGACUUCGCUUCCACUCCGAUCCACGUCGACUUAAUUUAUGGUUACACAAGAAAUAUAUAUAUAUAUAUAUUAUUAUAAUUUAACAAACAAAUUAGCGCAGUACAAUUUAGCAAUUAGGAUUGGCUGUGUGUGUCUGCAAGAUACACACGUGUGCGAUAUAUUUGCAAACACCCUAAAAAACUUUAAAUUAAUUAUAACUGAUAAUUAUGGUUUAAUUUACUUAGUCAUAUGCGCUGUUAUGUAAUUUUAAAACUAUUUAUGAACUACAUUUCGUGUGUAAAUAAAUUAUACAAAUGUUGAAAUG